AUGAAAGCAGCCAUCCCAACUACCGCAUCAGAGGUGGCCAUACUGCAGCGGCAGAUGUGCCAAUUCACUGACGUGCACAUUCGCCGACAUGCUGAUAGUAUAGGAAAAAGGUAUGAAAUAACACCAUGGCACCCCUCUGAUAUCUCACUCUGACUAGAUCUCCGCAGAAUCAGACCCAAGAACAGGCCUUUGUCUUUGAAUCGGUGUUGCGUGCCACACCACGUCAACCGACUUGCCAGAUGCAGACCAAUUCAACUGACUGCGCGCACUGCACUACAGCAGAACAGACAAUUCAAUGA